AGCAGUCGACACGUGAAUAUCACAGUGUAAGGUGGUAUGUAUACAUGCGAUUCAAUUUUAUAAAUCAGGACAUUGACAGUUGAUAAAGCGUUUUAUUAAUAAUUAAAACUUCGGAAAAAUGUCCCUAGCCGAUGAGCUGCUGGCGGAUUUGGACGACGACAAUGACGAUAUUAUCCCAGAACCAGAAGUGGCGGAGGAACUUGUCACAACGGCAGUUCCGACGACCAAAAUUACGGAAAAAGACAUAAAAGUUGAUUCGAUUAGAGAAUUGGCUAAAUUAAGAGACUCGUAUUUAGUACAAAAAGUGACUUCAGCUAUUGAUAAAUAUAGUAAAAUAUUAAGAAAAUCAUCAGAUAUUAUUGGACCAGUGGAGUCAGAUCCAGAAUAUUUAUUAAUUGUUGAAGCUAACAAUCUUGCUGUUGAGAUUGAUACUGAAAUAGCAACAAUUCAUCGAUUUACCACCAGUAAAUAUUGGAAACGCUUUCGAGAGUUGGAAUCACUAGUAGUUGAUCAUUUAGAAUAUCUAAUGACAGUAAAAGAAUUGGGAAAUGACUUAGACAAUGCAAAAAACAAUGAAAGAUUACAACAGUUUUUAGCUCAAGCAACCAUUAUGGUUGUGUCUGUGACUGCUUCAACGACGCAAGGAAAAUUAUUAACUGAACAAGAAUUAGCUGCAGUAAUGGAAGCUUGUGACAUGGCUAUGGAACUUAAUAAUUUGAAACAAAAAAUAUUUGAAUAUGUUGAGAGUAGAAUGGCAUUUAUCGCUCCAAAUUUAUCAGCUAUUGUUGGAGCUUCAACGGCCGCAAAACUCAUGGGUGUUGCUGGUGGCCUGACAAAAUUAUCAAAAAUGCCUUCAUGCAAUAUUUUAUUACUUGGAGCUAAAAAAACUACACUAUCAGGAUUUUCUCAAGUAACAGCACUACCCCAUACAGGAUUCAUUUACUACGCAAAAGUGGUUCAAGAUGCACCUCAGGACUUACGCAGAAAAGCUGCAAGACUUGUGGCCAAUAAAAGUACAUUAGCAGCUCGAGUGGAUGCUCAGCAUGAAAGCACAGAUGCUCACAUAGGAGAACAAUUCAGAGAAGAAAUAGAAAAAAAAUUAGAUAAAUUAUUAGAACCUCCACCGGUUAAAUUUAUAAAACCAUUGCCAAAACCUAUUGAUCCUGGCCGGAAGAAGCGCGGUGGUAAAAGAGUUCGUAAGAUGAAAGAGCGUUAUGCCGUCACAGAAUUCCGUAAACAAGCUAAUCGAAUGAACUUUGCUGAUAUUGAAACUGACGCUUAUCAAGAAGAUCUCGGCUACACAAGAGGUACCAUUGGUAAAGCAGGCACUGGAAGAAUAAGAUUACCUCAAAUAGAUGAAAAAACGAAAGUACGAAUAUCCAAAACGUUACAAAAGAAUCUUCAGAAACAGCAACAAUGGGGUGGAAGUACCACGGUUAAAAAACAAGUUUCAGGAACAGCUUCAAGUAUAGCUUUCACACCGUUGCAGGGACUGGAAAUUGUCAAUCCACAAGCAGCUGAAAAGAAAGUUAAUGAAGCUAAUGCAAAAUAUUUCUCUAACACAGCAGGAUUUUUGAAUGUCAAAAAUUACCAUGAUCCAAGAGCAAGUGAUUAAAAAUACUACUAAAAA